GCACAUACUCCUGUGUGUGUAUAUGUGUACACAUGCUUGACUCCCCUGCUGCACCUCCACCAAACACUGUAAACAAAAUGUUUCCAUUAACUUAUCUGGAGAAGGGGCCUUUGACACAAAUGCAAUAUUAGCUUACUUGGUCAUCAUGUAGGUUUGUGUGUGUGUGUGUGUGUGUGUUUAAAGUGUCCUGGAGUUUCCAGAGUUGCCCGGUAUUGAUUGAUGUCAGGACACAGUCUGAGUAAAUGUGGUCUCAGACCCUGCAGUGAAGUCCAUCACAAGUCAUUUUUCAAUUCUUUAUCACAAGGUGGCUGUGGGGAGAGUAUUUUUUUUAAUGUCCAUGUUACAUUGGGAAAAACCGACAGCGUUUUAAACCUUAAAACCAGUUAGCAGACCAUUAGCAGAAUUCAUUGACCUUAUUUGUCUUUAGGGGUAGAUGAAAGUACUUAAAAUGAGUUUUAAUUAAAUUACUUAGCUUGGUUAGACUGAUUUUGUGGAUUAGGACAAAUGCAAAUCUAAGCAAAGGAAUCAGAUUUUUCUGUGUCAUUUUCAACCUUGCAGUUAAUAUUGGACAGCAGUAUUGACUGGAUCAAAAGUCUGUGUUUUCAUCACUGGCUACACAUGACUAAGCACGAUUUUUGGCUGCAUUUCCACAAAUACCGGAAAAUAUAACUGACUGUGGUACAGAUCUGGCUUUCUAUAUUCUGACAAAUAUGAGAUAUUCUGCAUAAUGUCUGAUGUAAAUGUAAGUUAAAUCUGAUCUCUUCGUGGUUGGACCAUCAAAUGUGGACAUUGCAAAGAAGAACAUGUUCUGUUCUUAUGCAACUGUGACCUUUUGAUCAAAAAGUCUGUCAGGGAACUCCCUCCCUUAUCUCUGUGAUAGGUUGGCUCAAACCCUGUCUGUUGGUCAGUGACCCCUCUGCCCUGCUUGGCUGUUCCCACCAGUCAGCUUAGUAUAAAGACACACAGAGGGUCUAAAGUCUCUCAGACAGACUGACGUACAGCUCUCAGUUGUCUGCACUGCUUGUCUUCAUCAUUAUCAUCCUCUGGAUCGCUCAACAGAAUUAAAGACUCAUCGUCCUCCUUGGGCAGGUCAUCAGUGGUAGUUCCAGCGCUAUAUCUUCAAAAUGCAGCGACUGGGAUUAAGGGGAGUGUUGCUGCUGUGUUGUGCAGCAGUAUGUGCGUCUGGGAUGAGGAGAGAGUACUUCCUCAGGAUAGAGGAAGUGUCUUGGAAUUACGCCCCAAGUGGGAUGAACAUCAUUCAAAACCGCACACUGCAAGAGGAUGAAGAAGCCUCCGUCUUUUUAAAGAAAGGCCCCCAGCGCAUUGGCUCCAUCUACAAGAAGGCUACGUAUAAGCAGUACAGCGACGCCACCUACAUGACAGAGGUGGUGAAGGCGGAGUGGCUGGGCUACCUGGGACCCCUGUUGAUGGCCGAGGAGGGAGACACAGUGAUCGUCCACCUGAAGAACACGGCAAACAGACCUUACAGCAUCCACUCGCAUGGACUGAACUACAGCAAGGGCAAUGAGGGAGCCCUUUACCCAGACGGUACCGGUCCAGAGCUGAAGCGUGACGACUCAGUGGCUCCUGGUACAACAGUAACAUUUGAGUGGACCCUCCCAGAGAGCCACAGCCCAACAUUAGAGGACAGCAACUGCCUGACCAGAUUCUACCACUCCCACAUUAACACACCAAAAGACAUCAACUCAGGACUGAUGGGACCCCUCAUUAUCUGUAAGAGAGGAACUCUGGACCUACAUGGAGACAGCUCAGGAGACUAUCUGUAUGCUCUGCUCUUCAUGGUGUCAGAUGAGAACUUCAGCUGGUACCUGGACGACAACAUCAGGACGCACAUUACAAAUCCUGCCAGUGGCCUGAAGGAGGAUGAAGAUUUCAUUGAGAGCAACAAAAUGCACGGUAUAAAUGGUUUUCUGUAUGGUAACCUGCCUGGACUGAGCAUGUGCCAAGGCAACAAGAUCCACUGGCAUAUGAUUGGCUUAGGCAAUGAGGUGGACAUGCAUUCAGUUCAUUUCCAUGGCCAGAUCCUGACCACUCAGACCCACCACACAGACACAAUCAGUCUUUUCCCCGGCUCCAGCUCUACAGCUGAAAUGGUAGCUGACAACCCUGGACACUGGCUGCUGACGUGCACUGUCAAUGACCAUUUGAUGGCUGGAAUGCAGGCUCUGUUUGAGAUCAAGAAGUGUUUCCCCAACGUCCACAAGCCCCGGCCACACGGUGAGCUCAGACCGUUCUUCAUUGCUGCUGAAGAGGAAGUCUGGGACUACGCUCCUACACCACCUACUGAUGGUGAAGCAGAUAUGUUUGUAACUAGAAGUCAAAACCGUAUUGGAAGCCGCUAUAAGAAGGUUCGCUAUGUGGAAUACACGGACAUUACCUUCACAACAAAGAUGCUACGCAGCCCAGAGGGGCUACAUCUUGGAAUUCUGGGUCCUGUGCUGCGAGCUGAAGAGAAGGACACUAUCAAGGUGGUGUUUAAGAACAAAGCCAGCCGGCCUUACAGUAUACAGCCUCAUGGUGUUCAGUACAGUAUAGAACAGGAUGGGACGCUCUAUCACAAUGAACUGGAAGAGUCCCAUACAGCAAAGACACUGCGGGAGUUGAAGAGGGAACCAAGAGUGGUGACCCCUCCCCCAGCUGCUCUGGUCAGACCUGGAACGUUGCACAGCUAUGAAUGGACGGUGCCAUUGGGUGCUGGUCCAGUUCAAGGGGAGGCUGACUGUCUGACCUAUCUGUACUACUCUGGAGUGGACCCUGUUAAAGACACCCACUCUGGACUGGUUGGACCGCUCCUUAUCUGUCGUCCUGGAUCACUGAAAAAAGGAAUACAAAAAAACUAUAAAAAAGAGUUCCACCUCAUGGCCACUGUGUUUGAUGAGAACCUGAGCUGGUAUCUGGAUGAGAACAUUGGGUCCCUAACCACUGCUCCCAUAAAGCCUGCUUUUAACAAGGAGGAUGAGGGCUUUAUUGAAAGCAACAAGAUGCACGCAAUCAAUGGCUUUGUGUAUUGGAACCUCCCAGGCCUGACCAUGUGUAAGGGGGAUACGGUAACAUGGCACGUGUCAGGACUGGGUUCAGAGACGGACAUCAUCAGCCUUUACUUCCAGGGAAACCGCUUCAUCUACCGCCAGAACAGACGAGACACCAUCAGCGUCUUCCCUCACAUCUCACACACUGUCACUAUGGAGCCAGACAGCAUGGGUCAGUUUGAAGUGGUGUCAGCCACAGUGAACCAUUACCGUGGUGGGAUGAGAGCCAACUACACGGUAGCGAAGUGCAGCAUAUUUCAGCGUCAGGGUGAGACUAUGUUGCACUCAAAAACCUACUACAUCGCUGCCAUGGAGAUGGACUGGGACUACUCUCCAAACCGUACCUGGGAGGCUGAGAUGUUCCGCGGUCAGGAGAGCCCUGCUUCUGUCUUCCUGGACCAGCAGGGUGGGUUUAUAGGCUCCCGUUACAAGAAGGUGGUCUACCGCCAGUUCACCAAUAACAAAUUCACCAAGCAAGUGGAAAGAACAGCUGAUAGAGAACACCUCGGCAUUAUGGGUCCAAUGAUUCACGCUGAUGUGGGAGACAAGGUGACGGUGGUUUUUAAAAACAUGGCGUCCAGGCCUUAUUCCAUCCACGCCCAUGGAGUCAAGACAGAAAUCCCGGCAGUUCAUCUCACCCAACCAGGUGAGACUUACUCCUACCAGUGGUACGUUACAAAGAAUACAGGACCAACCACAGAGCAGGAGGAGUGCUCUGUGUCAGCAUACUACUCCACUGCUGAUGUUACCAAGGACCUGUACAGCGGUCUGAUUGGUCCGUUGGUGAUCUGUCGCCGUAGCUGGGGCAGGAGACUUGGUGUGAAAAAGGAAGUAGAAGAGUUUGUGCUGCUUUUCCUGGUUUUUGAUGAGAAUGAAAGUUGGUAUCUGGAUGAAAAUAUCAGGACCCACAUCAGGAAUCCUCGCACAAACUUGAAGGAUGAUGAAACCUUUAUAGAGAGCAACAAGAUGCACGCCAUUAAUGGUAAUAUGUAUGGAAAUCUGAAUGGUCUAAACAUGGAGGUGGGUGAUAAGGUGUACUGGUACCUGAUGGGAAUGGGCAAUGACGUGGACAUACACACCGCACACUGGCAUGGACACAGUGUGGAAUAUAAGCUGGGUGGAGGUCCUCAUCGUACGGAUGUCUAUGAGCUGUUUCCAGCAACCUUUCAGACUGUAAAGAUGCAUCCUCAGUAUCCUGGUUCCUGGCUGCUCCACUGUCACGUCACUGACCACAUUAAAGGUGGCAUGGAGGCGAUGUAUACUGUUACUGAGAAAGCAAAGAAGAAGGGAAUCUUUGGCUGAACAGUUGAGAAAAAAGGAUAGAAGACAGCCGAGAUGAGCUUACAUUUUAUUUCAGGACCCAAUUCAUUAAACGCUCUUCAUAAAAUCAUCUUAAUGUGAACGGUUACUUGUGCAGAUAAUUACAUCUCAGAAUAGACAUCACAAUUCAUAAAUAAUAAAUUGUGCAUUUUUAAAAUGAUCUAUCUGCUUUGAUAUUUUCCCAAAUGACACUGAAGACUAAGAAUACUGAAAAAAAUAAAGAAAAAUGUAAAAUGAA